AUGGCAACGGAGGAUGUUUCUGUGAAUGGCGAGUCGCACACGGAGAAAAGAGAUGGAGCAUCCCCUGACCCCUCAACUGAGAGAAGUGAUGAUGAUGCGAGGCCAACCUCAGAUGGAGUCUCGAAAAGAGGUACCGGACAGACUGAGGUCAUGGGUAAGGAGAAGAAACCGUCCAAGUUGAAAGGAAUAUGGGGGAAACUUGGACUCGAUGCACCGACAUUGAUGAUGAUGUUCAAGGGAUCGGUAGCUCCUACAAUUGCUAUUGCUUUCUACGAAUCCGAUUCGGUUUCUCAAACGUACACAACUUUAGGAUAUCUGGUAGCCAUCGUUUGCGUCAUCAGUCUGCCUAUUAUGCCAAGGGCUAAAUUCUUUCAAACGAUGAUACUUAACGUAAUUGCCGUCUGCAUUGGGGCUUCAAUUGGAAUGCUGGGACUAUGGAGCAGCAUUAAAGCACGACAACAUACUUCCAUGCCAGGAGUGCCACAAGCGUAUAAUUCCUCGCAGGCCGCUGUGUGCGCUAUCUGGUUGUUUGCUAACAUAUGGUUUGCGAAUUUGUUACGCGCCAAAAGUCCAGCCUUGAAUGUUCCGGUCAUUAUGUAUAGCAUAUUCUCAAACAUUGCUUUCACUUAUGGUCCACUUUUCCCCACUGUGGCAGCAGCCGAAUCUCUCAUCAAACAAAUGAUAAAGUCGUUUUUGACUGCCUUUGCUCUAAGCACGGCGGUCAAUGUGUUUGUUAUACCUGUCUCGUGUCGUUUGGUUGUUUUUAAAGGGCAAGCGGGAUACAUUCAAUUGCUGAGGGGCGUUCUCAAAGCUCAGACAACAUUUUUGCAAAGCUUGGAGGAAAGUGACAUGUUCGCUGCUGAGAAUGGCGAUAACCCUGGUGAUCCAUCUGACGGAUCCAACAAAAGCAGUGCAGGAUCUUCCCAUCCAACAUUAUCUCCAGAGGCUAAGGCGUUGAAGAGAGCAAUCGAUGGUUUGCGCGGGCAGCAUGGAAAACUUUACGGAGAUAUGCCAUUUGGAAAGCGGGAGGUCGCCUGGGGUAAAUUGGAUGCUAAGGAUAUCGACAAGAUAUUCGACCUGUUCCGGAACAUAAUGGUUCCACUGUUGGGAAUGGGUACUAUCACAGAUAUUUUUGUACGAAUCGGCGAAAGACGUGGAUGGGUCAAGUCCACGGGUUCAAAAGAUCGUUUUGAGCAAUGGGAACACAUGCCUUUGAAAAGUAAGGCAGAAGAAAAGAGGUUAUGGAAUGAAGUGGUGAAGACUCUCCAUGAACCAUUUUCUAUCAUCACUGCAGUUAUGGAUCAAGGAUUAGAACAUGUAGCGCUUACUUUGGAGCUUGUUCCUCGACCUAAAAAGAAAGCCGCUGGUGACGUUGAGACAGCUGAUGCACAAUCAAAGCCUGGCGAUGCUGGAUUUCUCGCCUAUAUGGAAGAGGCUUUGGAUGAAUUUUACAAAAAGCGUGGAAAAACUUUGAAGAAAUGGGCGCAGGAAAAAGGAUUGUCUGCGGAACAAUUCGAUACAAGUAGACCCAUUCCUCCUGCAGGUGCACCUGUCAGCGGAGACGAAGCCGCGCAUAGAAGAGACCAGCAGCAAUUAUAUCUUAUUCUUUUCAUGGAAAAUCUUCUUUACAUGGCUGGUCUCGCAGUAAUCGAAUUGGUUAGAUUCGCAGACGGGAAAGUACAAGAUGGAACUAUGAAGAAGAAUCGUCUGAUCCUGCCAGGUCAACGGCGUAUGAAGAAAUGGAUUCUUGGCCUUGCACAUGCAGAUACGACUGCGGAUAGUCACACUCCAGAUAACCAAGAGGCAGGUGUAAUCAAUGUCUACUGGGGCUCAGGAUUCAAUCCUCGGAAAGAUCCUGAACAUCUACCACCAAAGACAACUUGGCAACAUUUUGGCAAUGGGCUUCGAAUUAUCCCGAGGUUCUUGGGAAGCACGGAAUCAGCAUUCGGCUUUAGAGUGGCCUGUGCAACUUUGACACUCGGUAUUGUUGCAUUUCUCAGAGACACUCAUGUCUUCUUUCAGCAGCAAAGAUUAGUUUGGGCGUUGAUUAUCAUUGCAAUUGGUAUGACGAUGACUUCAGGCCAAUCGAUAUUUGGAUUUCUGGCUCGUGUUGGGGGAACUGCACUAGCAAUGGUCACCUCGAUUGUCAUCUGGUAUAUUGUUGAUCAAAAGACUCCAGGAGUUAUCGUGAUGCUUUGGUUCUUUAUCUUCUUGGAGAUGUAUCUUUUCUUAAAAUUUCCUCGCUUGAUACCGGCUUGGCUCGUGUUCAUAGUCACUCAAGUAUUGAUUGUUGGAUAUGAACUUCAGGUCAGGAAAAUUGGAAUUGCGGUAUCAACCAGUAAUGGACAACCUUAUUAUCCGAUUUAUUUGCUUGCUCCAUACAGACUUGCAUGCGUUGCAGGAGGAUCUUUUGUGGCAUUCAUCUGGACUUUCUUUCCUUACCCGCUCACGGAUCGUAGCUGGUUAAGGAAAGAUUUGGGGAUAACCCUUUACAUCUUGGCGAACUACUACUCAACAGUCCAUUCGACUAUUCAUACUCGAAUGCAUGGAAGAGAAGGCGAUAUGACAUCGAAGACUAGUCCUGGCCGUCGCCUUGAAAAGGCUAGGCAUAGGAUGUUUGGCAAGCUUCUCCUGCUUCUACCUUCUUUGCAGCAACAUGCUGCUUGGCAAAAAUUUGAGCCUACAAUUGGAGGAAAGUUUCCUCGUGAAUCUUAUGAGAAUAUCAUAAAGAGUUGCUCAAAUAUCAUGGGCUACCUCGCAUUGAUGUCGUAUACAACAAAAGCUUGGUCCAAAGAUAUUCAUACAAACACCGAUACCCGUAGCAAAUGGCUUCGUGACCUUGCUGCUGUCAUGGAUGAGGUUGAACCCACCAGCCAUCAAAUAACCUCAACACUUGCGCUCCUUUCCGCUGCGAUCAGUGCAGGCGUGGCCCUUCCCCCUUUCAUCCAACUCCCCCAACCUUAUAGCCUGAAUCGUCGACUUGAAUCUCUUGAUAGUGGAAUAUUAGAUUCGAGACAUAUCCAAGAGCCGGGAUAUAGCGCUUAUGCUGUUAUGCAAGUGGCGAGUUCGUUGGUGACGGAUGAUCUGGCUACGUUGGUGGAUUGUGUAAAGGAGUUAGUGGGAGAGACCGAUUUUUCUUUUACAGUUGGGGUUAGCGAAGACAGUUUAACUGGGUCCGAGGAAAAUAGAAGAAAGGGUAAAAAUGACUAG